AAGAGUAUCAACAAAUUUGAGAAAGCAGCAGCAAUAACAACUGAAACAGCCACAUUGGAGUGUCGUAUGUAAUUUAUAAGAAAUAAAAGCAGAAUAUAUAAUAUAAUUAUACAAAAGUGUACACGUUAACAACUGAAAUAAUCUUUCCUAAUAUAUUAAAAUACGAUAUAAAGAAUACAAGAACAGCAUAUAUACUAGUUAAUAUAGCCCCGCACUCAAUUAAUUGCAGCUGUAUGCACGACUCCUUGCAGAAAGAAGGACUACACGAUCAUAUACCUAUAGUAUAUUUAGAGGCUUGACUAAACAUUUGAAAACUUAUAAUUAUAAUUGUAAGUCGCCCGACCGCAUAUGCUACAGCUUAUUAGCGUGUGUAUAUGUGUGUCUGUGUGAAUAACGAUCAUUAGAGCCAAAGGAUUCUUCAACAUCAAAGUAGGCAGCCCCCAGAAAGCUGUCUUAUUUCAGAUGCCAAUUGCGGAAUCGCUCAUAUAGAAGUAUCCGUAAUCGUUUGAUCGAUCGUUCGCUCUAAAAGGCUCUGACAAGAAACGAAGGCUCAUUUGCCAAACAUUGAGAAAUUUUUUCAAAGAAGCGGAUCAAUCAAAAUAAUUGCAAACUUAAAGCAAACGGAAACAAAAAGCAAAUACUAAGGCAAUCAACACUUAAAGUCGAAGACUAUCUUUAAACAAUUCAAACAAAAGCCACCAACAUUCAAUUAAAAAUGGCCGAAGACGCUGCCAUGGAGACAUGUCCAAGUCCUGAGAUGGGCGACUCACGCAAAAGGCCGCUCGAUUCCGAUCCGGAAAAUGAACAAACUAAACGCUCACAUUUCAGUUCCGGUGAGUCAGUUUGUUCUGGAAUUGAGGUUGAAAUUGAAAAUAAUAACAAUAAUCAUAAUCAUCAUGGCGAUACCACAUUUCACAUGAAGAUACUUGUGCCUGCGGUGGCCUCCGGGGCCAUUAUUGGCAAGGGGGGCGAGACGAUCGCCUCGCUGCAAAAGGACACGGGUGCUAGAGUCAAGAUGUCCAAGUCUCACGAUUUUUAUCCAGGUACUACUGAGCGCGUCUGCCUAAUCACCGGCUCUGUGGAAGGUAUCAUGACUGUGGUGGACUUUAUAAUGGACAAAAUAAGGGAAAAGCCCGACUUGACUACAAAAAUCAUUGAUGCCGAGUCUAAGCAGGCACAGGAACGUGAUAAGCAAGUUAAAAUACUGGUGCCCAAUUCGACCGCCGGCAUGAUCAUUGGCAAGGGCGGCGCCUUCAUCAAGCAGAUAAAGGAGGAAAGUGGUUCCUAUGUCCAGAUUUCGCAAAAGCCAAAGGAUGUAUCACUGCAGGAGCGUUGUAUUACCAUUAUCGGCGACAAGGAAAAUAACAAGAAUGCCUGCAAAAUGAUACUCUCCAAAAUAGUGGAGGAUCCGCAGUCGGGCACAUGUCUGAACGUGUCCUACGCCGACGUUAACGGCCCCGUUGCCAACUUCAAUCCAACCGGUUCGCCCUAUGCCACCAAUCAGAAUGCCAUCAACUCAAGCACCGCCUCACUGAAUUCUACGAUAGGCACGGCCAUAGGCGGUGCGGGUACUGCAACCAGUCUGUUGGUCAAUGGCGCAGGCAUUAACUUAUCCCUUAACCUGGGCGCACCCAACCCAGCGCCCAAUCUGGCAGUUGCCACACAGUUGCUUGAGCACAUUAAGGUUGCCAUGCGAGGUGCUGGUUACGCGGAGACCGCCACCACUGACGUCUGCGCGGCCCUCGGUGUGCUAGCGAAGUACGGCGUGCUGGGCAUGGGUCUGGGCGUACCACACGCCAAUGGCGCGCAUCCCACACUGGGCAACUAUCUGGGCGUGACGACGCUAGAUCAGCAAACUGCGGCCGCGGCUACGGCGGCCACAGCGAGCAAUGUUUUUGGCGCUGUCGGUCAGGUUAACUUUGAGUAUGCCGCCGCGGCGGCCGCUGCUGCGGCGGCCAGUCGGCCAACGCAGUCUCAGCUGGAGGUGCAAUUUGAUUCAUUCCGCCAUAUGGGCUCGGCCACUGCGCCUGCGGCCACGCCCGUUUCGCUAAACAACAACAGCUUUGGACUGACCGCUGCCACCGGUACGGUGACCAGCGCGCAACUGGGAGCUGCCGCCUCGAUAGGCGGUCUUAGCAAGAGCCCCACUCCUGGUGAUUUGGGUGCCAAGGAUACCAAGAACGUUGAGGUGCCCGAAGUGAUUAUUGGCGCUGUUUUAGGUCCGAACGGUCGUAGUUUAGUUGAAAUUCAACAUGUCUCUGGCGCGAAUGUGCAAAUUUCCAAAAAGGGCAUAUUCGCACCUGGCACUAGAAAUCGCAUUGUAACCAUAACUGGUCAGCCGAGUGCCAUUGCCAAAGCGCAGUAUCUAAUUGAACAAAAAAUCAACGAGGAGGAGACAAAGAGGGCGCGUCAAAUUCCAUUAACCACUGUUGUGAAUUAAUAAUCAAGCAAUCAAGCAAGCAGCACAACAACAAAAAACAACAACAAACAACUAUCCCCUAUUAAAACGCAUUUCCUCAAAGAACGGUUCAUUUAUAAAAAGAAAAAAAAACUAACAAACAAAAACAAACAAAAUGCAAAGAAAACUAAAGGAAGAGUAAGCCUAAAACACAAUAAAUAAAAAAAGGAAAAAAGAAGCUAAUUUACAACAAAUAACAACAGCAGUAGCCAUAAAAACAACAACACACAUCCACACACAAGCACAUACACAUUAAAAAAGGCAUUAGCAAUGCGUUUCAACUAUUGAUAAAAUGAUUAGUAAGAGAAUCCCAGAGAAAUGAAUUCGAACCCUUAGCAAAUUUGAUUUGACAAAAAACAACUACCUUUUAUCAUAAUGCUGAAUUUGUUUGCCACACUACAUAAGUAUAUAUAUAUACACAUAUAUAUAUAUAUUUAAAGUUAAAUAUAUAUUUAAAUUUGACCAAGGUAUUGCGAGAUACACCUGGGCUGAUAUUUCGCCUGCCUUUUUUUUGUUGUUGUCAUAUGUUGCGUGCUCUCUUUUGGGCACUCUGAUAAGCUAAAUCCCAUCAGAUGUAUACAUAAAUAUAUAUUGAGUUAUAUUCACAUAUAUAUUUAUAUAUUCAUAAGUUUGCUGCGCUUACAUAUAGAAAGGCAUGUAUGUAUAUGUAUGCACAUAUGUACAUAUAUGCACUUUAUACACUAAUUGUUGACUCGUGUUCAUAUUACAGAAAGUACACGACACGACACACACAUACACACACACACACACAUUUAUGCAUAAUACACCAAUACACACAUACACAAUUGAAACGAGUAAAUUAGCAUUAUGUUGAGACUAAAAUGGAUAUAUUUGUGUAAUGAGAGCGUUUUCAGUGAAAACUUCAGGUGAUUUUCCAAAAUGGUGUCCAAAUAAGGUAAAUAUUUUACUACACACAUUCACAUGCAUAUGUACAUAUGUAUAUGCUAUAAAAUAUAUACAACAAAUACACCUAAAACAAACAAAAAAUGAACGCUUGACAGGCUAGUGAUAACUAUUUGAAACACUUUUUACCUCAAAGACAAAACCUUUUGCGUUUCUUGUUUUCUGUUUCUGUUUCUGUUUCUGUUUUCUGUUGUUGCCCUUUUGUGCUUAUUGCUAUGUUUAUAUAUUUGUAUAUAUACACACACACAUGUUUCUUAAAUAUUACGUUUUUAGCCCUUAAUAUUCUAUUAUGAUAUUGUUAAAAUGUUGAUCAUGAUAAUGUUGUUUAAUUUUCGAAAGAGUGGUACAAAAUAUACCAAACAAGUGGUGUUAAUGUUUUGAGCGCGCACGUGAGUCUCCUUUUUGAUAUUGGUUUUAUGCUCCUAAUUUGUCAAUCCUCAUAUAUUUUACACGUCUGUUUCGUAAGAAACGAAUUGCGACUUUAAGUCCAGUUUGAGGCGGAUCCCUUGUUUCUAUAUUUAAAGAUAAUAUAUAAACAAAUAAAUAUAAAUAUGUUUAUACAUAUAUAUACAUAUAUAUGUAUAUAUAUAUCUAUAUAUUUUUUUUCUUUCGGCCCCACUAGAAUGAAACCGUUUGGCAUUUUGUUACAAUCAUCAUACAUAUAUUCUGUUUUUGGAAAGGUUUCCACCAUUAUUUUUUCAUACAUACAUUUUAAUCUUAAGUAUUACCUAUUCUCUUUUUCGCCUAAUGCAUCACAAUUAACUUUAUCUUAAAAUAUAAAUCAAUGUCUCUGUAAAAUAAACAUAUCCACACACACGCAAAAACGUGCCACCUAAUAGGCCAAAAGAUACCACUAUUAAAUUUUAAGUAUUGUGCAAUUAUUACCCGUUAUUUUGGUUACAUUUGAACUCGCUGUACUUUAUAUACAUUCAUAUUAUAUAGACAAGAAUCCACAAACGAAUCAAAUAUUGCAAAGCAAAAAGUUAUUUUAACAUCACAUUUGAAUUUGUUUUAUUAUGGAAGCCCCCAUACACAUAAAAACGCAUGGAUAUAUAUGAUUUACCUGUAAUGAAAAAUAUUGUUUUACUUUCGCCCCCCCAUUAUUUACUCUAAAGUUUAAUUUUAUUAAUAAAACAAAUAUAAAUAUACAAAUUUUAAAUAAAACAUUGCCAAAAACGAAAUCAACCAACAUUGUAAUGUGUUUAAUUGAAAGCACCCGGCACAUGGCGCAUAAAUCACCUCUCACAACCACAGCUCCACUAACAGCGUACUCUAAACAAUUCUGCAACAUUAUCAUGUCAAAUCAACAGUCAGUCAGUCAGUCAGUCAGUCAAUCAAUCAAUCUCUCAGCUCAGCUCUAUAAGUUUUAACUUCAGUUCAGUUCAAUACAACAAUACAAUCACUGAAAACGCUCAAGAAUAAAAGAAACCCGAUUCUAAGCUAAGUUUAUCAAAAUAAGUUGAAAAGUUGUUCACUUUAUUAUUGUAUUUUUUUUUUUUUUGCUAUUAUUGUUAAAGCUUACCUUCAUUUGUUCUUAUUUGUGCAAUAUUUAUAUAAAUAUAAGAAUAAUAAUAAAUAUGCGCCAAAAGAGUUAAAUAGUUACAAUAUUCGUAAAAACCAAAUUGUGACAAGUUUAACAAACAAAAUCUUAAGUCAAACAAAUCCAAACUUAAAGUAAUAUUGAAAGUACAGUCGAAAAUGCUAGUGUGCCUUGACAAGAAAAAAAAAGAAAAAAAAAUGAAGAUUUCUGUUCGCUAUUUUAUGAAUAAUAAUUACCUUUUUACAUAAUUAUUAAUUGUUACUAAGAGAAACAAGGCGUACAGAGAGUAGUUAAAUUAAAAAAAAAAAAUAGACCGUCAAUACAAUUAUAAGAUACAAAAGAAGGAGCAAACAAUAAGGACAACGACAACAUUCAGUUCUACAGCCACCAUAUCGCAUACCACAAACUUAAGUGCCCGAUGCAACAAAAUCAGAACAAGCAUAAGACACUAAACCAACUUCUGACCCCUAACAACAACAAAUACAAAAAAAAACAACAAGAAAAUUCGUACAUUUUAUCGUCUUUUUUGUCAUGGCAAACCAGAGACAAGCAAAGGCGCCAUGCAUACAACAGUUCAUAUGUACAUGCAGCAUGCAUAGGCACAUGGCAUAUUCACAGUUACCUCACACACAUCCGCACACGCACACAUAUGCCCACACCUAAAUACAUACACACACAUGCAUGCAUAGAUACACGUUGCAUACACAUUGGUCGUACUAAAUAGGAUCAUAUGCGCCUGCUCACAGAGUUAUGUUUAAUGUAUGAGUUUUAUACGGUAUCUAAAGUUAAUGUAGAGAAAACAAAAAAUAAAACAAAUAUAUAUAUUUAUGUAUAUUUGUACUGGAUCUGUGAUAUGU